AUGAAUACCCUCAGAUACUGCUUCUUUGCUGUCCUGAUUCUCAGUGUUUCACUUCCACUUGUUUUCUAUGCUAUUAAUUUGCAUGCACAAAAAUCUCUGAGGAGGCUGAACUUCUCGAUGAGUUCAACUUUAGCAGAAGCCUGUAAAGCACUUACUGAGGAUAAGGCGCUCUUUCUGAAGGAAAACACCUUAAAAACAUCAUUCAGAGAAUUCGGUUGCAUGGAAUACAUCACGCAGAACCACUACAUCACCCGCGCCCUCUCAGCCGAGGAGGCUGCCUUCCCCAUCGCCUACGUUAUGACCCUGCACAAGGACUUCGAGACCUUCGAGCGGCUCUUCAGGGCGGUGUACAUGCCCCAGAAUGUCUACUGUGUCCAUGUGGACACCAAGGCACCAGCCCCUUUCCAUCAGGCAGUGCAACGUCUGGUGGGCUGCUUCCCAAAUGCCUUCCUUGCCUCUCGGGCAGAGCGGGUGGUCUACGGUGGUGCCUCUCGCCUGCGGGCUGACCUCCACUGCAUGAGAGAUCUGCUGGCCUCAGCCGUGCCCUGGCACUACCUGAUCAACACCUGCGGCCAGGACUUCCCCUUGAAGACCAACAGGGAGAUUGUUCAGCGGCUGAAGGGUCUCGGGGGGAAGAACAUCACCCCUGGGGUGCUGCCUCCCCCCCAUGUCACUGCACGCACCAAAUAUGUGCACAGGGAGCAAUUGUAUUCUCUCUUUUCUUUCAUGUUGUGGACAUUUGUGCGCAAAGAUCCUCCGCCGCACAACUUGACCGUCUAUUUUGGCUCUGCAUACGUGGCCCUCACCCGGCCUUUUGUAGAGUUUGUGCUUCAGGAUCAGCGUGCCAUUGAUCUGCUGGCCUGGUCUGAGGACACCUACAGCCCUGAUGAGCACUUCUGGGUGACGCUCAACAGGAUCCCAGGUGUCCCAGGGUCCAUGCCCAAUGCAUCAUGGGAAGGCGACCUGAAAGCAGUGAAGUGGAUUGAUAUGGAAGAGAGCCAUGGAGGCUGUCAUGGCCAUUACGUCAGAGGCAUCUGUGUAUAUGGAACAGGUGACCUCAAGUGGCUUUUUAACUCCACCUGUAUGUUUGCAAAUAAGUUUGAGCUUAAAACAUACCCCCUGACUGUGGAGUGCCUGGAGCUGAGGCAUCGGCAGAGAACCUUGUCCCAGAGUGAGGUUCAGGUGGAACCCCACUGGUAUUUUUAG